CAGCCACGACCGAGGCCUGAUUCGAGAGAGCGGACGGCGGGCGGUCGUAGCUACAGCCCAGGCGCCGCGCGGGCUGGUGGGCCCCGCACCUUCCUCCUCCGCGUCGCCGGUGCCCUCGGACAUGGUGGCCCCCGGCUCCGUGACCAGCCGGCUGGGCGCAGUGUUCCCCUUCCUGCUGGUCCUGGUGGACCUGCAGUACGAAGGUGCUGAAUGUGGAGUAAAUGCAGAUGUUGAGAAACAUCUUGAAUUGGGCAAGAAGUUACUUGCAGCUGGACAACUAGCUGAUGCUUUAUCUCAGUUUCAUGCUGCAGUAGAUGGUGACCCUGAUAACUAUAUUGCGUACUAUCGGAGAGCUACUGUAUUUUUAGCUAUGGGUAAAUCAAAAGCAGCACUUCCUGAUUUAACUAAAGUGAUUGAAUUGAAGAUGGAUUUCACUGCAGCAAGAUUACAGAGAGGUCAUUUAUUACUCAAACAAGGAAAACUUGAUGAAGCAGAAGAUGAUUUUAAAAAAGUGCUCAAAUCCAAUCCAACUGAAAAUGAAGAAAAGGAAGCUCAGUCUCAGCUUAUGAAAUCUGAUGAAAUGCAACGUUUGCGCUCACAAGCACUUGAUGCUUUCGAGAAUGCAGAUUAUACUGCUGCUAUAACCUUCCUUGAUAAGAUUUUAGAGGUUUGUGUUUGGGAUGCAGAAUUACGUGAACUUCGAGCUGAAUGUUUUAUACAAGAAGGGGAACCUAGAAAGGCUAUAAGUGACUUAAAAGCUGCAUCCAAACUGAAGAAUGAUAAUACUGAGGCAUUUUAUAAGAUCAGCACACUGUACUACCAACUAGGAGACCACGAACUUUCCCUCAGUGAAGUUCGGGAAUGUCUUAAACUUGAUCAGGAUCACAAAAGGUGUUUUGCACAUUAUAAGCAAGUAAAGAAACUUAAUAAACUGAUUGGGUCAGCUGAAGAGCUCAUUAGAGAUGGCAGAUACAUGGAUGCCGCUAGCAAGUAUGAAUCUGUCAUGAAAACAGAGCCCAGUGUUGCUGAAUAUACAAUUCGUUCAAAAGAAAGGAUUUGCCACUGCUUUUCUAAGGACGAAAAGCCUGUCGAGGCCAUUCGAGUAUGUUCUGAAGUGUUACAGAUGGAACCCGACAAUGUGGAUGCCCUGAAAGACCGAGCAGAGGCCUACUUAAUUGAAGAGAUGUAUGAUGAAGCUAUUCAGGAUUAUGAAGCUGCUCAGGAGCACAAUGAAAAUGACCAGCAAAUCCGAGAAGGUCUCGAGAAAGCACAGAGACUAUUGAAACAGUCACAGAAACGAGAUUAUUAUAAAAUCUUGGGAGUAAAAAGAAAUGCCAAAAAGCAAGAAAUCAUUAAAGCAUACCGAAAAUUAGCAUUGCAGUGGCAUCCAGAUAACUUCCAGAAUGAGGAAGAAAAGAAAAAAGCUGAGAAAAAAUUCAUUGACAUAGCAGCUGCUAAAGAAGUCCUCUCUGACCCAGAAAUGAGGAAGAAGUUUGAUGAUGGAGAAGACCCCCUGGAUGCCGAGAGCCAGCAGGGAGGUGGAGGCAGCCCUUUCCACAGAAGCUGGAACUCAUGGCAGGGGUUCAACCCCUUCAACUCAGGAGGACCAUUUCGAUUUAAAUUCCACUUCAAUUAAACCAUUUUUCUGCUUUUUCCUUUUUUUUUUUUUUUUUUUUUUUUAAGAUUAAAAACAAACCUUAUUCUGGGAUCCUAAUGAAAAAAAAAAGUCAAAUAUUUCAGUUUGUCCAUGACCAAAGAGUUGUUUUAAUAGAGAAAAGGCUGCUCCUACAUAUUUGAAACUUAAGGUUGGUGAUGUACGCGGGCAGGGAGGUAGGAAAAGUUCUGUUUCUGACAGAGUAGCCCAUGCUCAUUUCUGAAUGUUGGGGAGACGUGGUCUGAGGCAGCUCACCUAUGGAGGUGCUCACAGUCUGUAUUUUUCCACAUUGGAGCAGGUAGAGCCUUCUGUUCUCAGCCUUGCCUAGCACCUGUAGGAGCUGGAAUCCUCAUGGGGGUGUGUUUCAGUAUUCUUAGAGAGGACGAACAGUUGUGCCGUUAUGUUCUUUAGGGACAAAUAUGCUUAGACUUUGGUCAGUGCAGUCACUUGCAAGUGUGAAAUCCCUGUGCCUCCUUGAAUAUGUAAGCAUUUACUCCUGUGCCAGAGCCAACACAGCGGUCACUGGGGAGAGAGCAGAGUCCAUGGUAAAUUUGUUACCCAAUAGUAAUCAGCAUGUUCAGGUAUAAACUGGACUGGUUGAGGAUAUAGUCAUGGUUAUUGCUGAAUAUUUGCAGAAUUCCAACUUGAAUUUAAUUGUAAAAAGCAAUGGGCCCUUUUAACAUUAAAUGGAAAAACUAAAAUAUAUAAAAUAGAUUCAGAUAGUGUGAGUAGUAGUAUUUAAAAUAUUGCUGAGGUUCAUUUUAAACAAAUGACUUCUGAAUUAUAUACAAUUUCUAUGCCCAAAUUGGCUUAGAAAGGUAAAGUUGCUCAGUCAGUAUAAACACAGCAUGCAUGAUUCCCCCUUGAAGCAAUACAAGCGGGCAGCUUCUCCUUUCCCUUCUUUGUCAUUGGGUCAGCCCUGUGGGAUGUGCUGCUUCCUGGUGCCUUGGCUGUCAGCUGCCCUGAGCAUGUCUGGAUGCUGCCAGUGGUCUCUUGCCUCAAAGUCUACAGGCUUGUGAUUCAGCCUUCUUACAAAAUAAGACAAAGGCAAGAAAUGUACUACUCAGUCUGGAUAUAUUAGAUAAUUUUUGCCCUAAAAAAUGAGUGUUACUAAAUCAAGAAUGUUGAAAAUUUAUGGAAAUACUGAUGCUGCAUUUAAAAUCUAAGAGAUGAGAAUUAUUGCCUUUAUUUUAGAAAGGUUUUUGUUUCUGUCUUGAAGCCUUUUGUAACAUUUUAAGCAUUAAAGGGUCUACUAUAUUGUCUUUAUGAAAUUAAGCAUUUUGUUAUGGGAGGCAGUUUGACUCUGAAUGUCUGUAGUAGCCAAGCACAAAUGGUUGUCUUUUAUCCUUAACCCUUGUGUAACAAGACUUUUUGACAUUAAGAAUAUAGUUCAGAUGGUUUUAAUUGAGCCAAACAUUUAAGUGCUUUUUUGCAUCUCCCUUGGAAUUUAUUUCUUACCAAUCAGCUUAACAGUUCAUUUUUGAAACUAUUGAACACCUUGUAGCUUUCAUUUCUAAAAUUUUAGGUCAGUGUGAAAAUAAUUUUCAAGCUAGUUCACUUUUGUCUAUUCAUUUACUGUUGGUAAUCGCAGUCCUUCGCUAGUUAUGUGACUAUUUUUCAAUCUGGCUCCUUUUGUGAUGGCGUCACUGACCUCUGAAAUACAGCGGUGGCCUCUGCUCUCAAAUGUGAGGAUUUGCAUAGUUGGAGCACAGGAAACAUGAAGUCACUUAUUCCUCCAUCUGGAGAAAGAGAAAAGUUGCCAAGAUUGAGGAGCCAGAGCUAGCUGUGGGAUGUUCAAGGGUUGGGCCACAUGGGAGAUGCUUCUAGCCUGUUUGCCUCAACUUGCUGCCCAGAGGGAUUUGCAUUUUAAUUCCCCCAUUUGUAACAGUCAGAACAACUGUGGAUAUAGUUAUCAACUGAAAUGUGCAGAAGUACUUGCCUGUGAAGAGGAAGAGGAAGCCUUGGUGCCAGGUGCUAAGUGCCAAUGCCGUGGAAGAAGCGAGGUCUCUGGAUUCUGGUGCUUUGCUGAUGGAGAGAAUGGCCUUUCUGUUCCAGCCUGGAUGGCCAUCCCGAGUCAUCUGGUGUCCACCCACGUUUACUCUCCUCAGCAGUGACUGAAAAUCCUGGAGACAUGAAGUCAGAAGCAUCGUCUCUCCCUCCUGCCUACAUUGGGUAUCAUGAGAUGUGUAAACAUUACUGAAAUAGCUUUUUCCUCCUUUUCUUUCCUUUUGUUGGGCCACUUCUUUAGUUCAGUCUGUUCUUAGAGAUGCAUGUACCAGGUUAUUUUUGUGGCAGUUCUGGGAAAAAUAAGAGGUAGCUCUAGCUGAAUUCUUCUCCGUUCUAACGUACCCCUCUCUUUUGGUGAUCUCCAGGAGCACAGUGUCUUGGCUCUGGGUGCUGUGCAUGCUCUCUAGAACAGCAAGUAUUAAAUAUAGCCUGUGAACACAAAGCUUACAAAGGGAAUCUGCAUUGAAUUCAUUCCUCAGUUCUGCAAGUUUGUGCUUUCAUACCAUGAAUAGAUGAAAACCAGAAAAUGAUGUCAGUAGUUUACUAUUGUGAAUUGGAGGUAACAUAUUAAGUUUAAAAUAUUUUCCCCUUUAGUAGGUGUUAAAAGUUUACUUUUAAAUAUCAGUAUGGGAAAACAGGUUAUGGAGCAAGCUCUGAUAAUGGAAUCUAAACAAACAACUCAUUUAUUUUAACAGAAAAAGACUGAUAACCAAGUUUUUAUUAAAAAAACAAGUAGAAUAAUUUGAGAUUGGCACCAUUUUCUAUUGUUGGUGUAUAAAAGAAAUUUUUCAUUUUUUUUUCUUUUUUUGGUGGCGCUGGUGUUAGAGACUUGAUGCUUGUUCAGCUCACAUGUUGAGCUUGAGUCACAACUUUAGUCCUUUCGCUGGUCUUGAAGACUUUUCUCUUGGGUUGCAGGCCUUCAGAUUUCAGCUUCCCGAGUAGCUUGGGUUACAGGUGCAAGCCAUUGGAGCCAGGGAAUAUUUUUCUUAUAAGUACUGCGCGCUAACCGAUUGCGCCACUGGAGCUCCAGGAAUAUUUUUCAUUUAAAGGUUUGCAGUUGGUCUAAGUUGAACUGAUAUUACCAUGAAGAAAGUAUAACAUGCAGAAGUUAAAAAUACGUCUUAGUUAACUCUGUCAGAACCAUUUGCCUUAAAGAUACAGGGCACUGGUGAUGGGCAUAGAUGGCUGGUGAUAUUUUCAGUUAGUACACAUCUAUGAGAUAACCUAAAGAAAUAUGGCACCUUCCUUGAAUUCAGUUGACUUUCAUAGUUACAAAGGAAGGCAAAUGCUAAUUUGUCAACCAUGAUUAUCUCUGUUCUAGAUCAGAUCAUUCCUUUUAUGUUAGUGGCAGAGUUUAAUUUAUUCUGUAGUUUCAAGUGAUGUUAAGGGGGGAAUACUUUUUAACAGAUGAUCUCAUUUGCUGAAUGAUUUAAGAGUAAAAUUAGCCACUGCGUGGCUUCAUGUACAGUAACAACAGAUUCUGUUGUACUCGUCUGUGGAUAAAACACCUACCUGAAGAGGAAAGCAGGGCACAGAGGAGGUCGAAACUAGAGAUAUUUGAGAAGUUAAAUUAUUACUCUUACCCUAAGGGUCUGGUUUGUUUUGAAUGAGACAUGAUUAACUUAAUCCAUCUCAAUUUAGUAGAAAGGGAACUGAACGUUAAUUGAAAUGGCUCUCAACACAUGUCUACAAAUAUGGGUACUAUUUUUAUGCCCGUGUAUUUUCACAUUUAAUAAAAAUAUUUAUGGUCAUAUCAGUA